AUGUCUUCUAAGAAGGUUAUGUUAACUGAUACCCAAAAGACUGCAUUAUAUAUUUAUGCUUGUAAUAAUAAAAUGACUCGAGCUAAAUACAUUGAUUGGAUAGAAGAACAAUGGAGUGUUAGAAUUGACAAAAGCACAGUUUCAAGAAUUUUGAAAACUACUGUUACUGUUCCAGAAGUUGAGCUUGCAUUGAAGAA